AUGCUACCAACCGCGGUAUCCAGCGCAGAUACUAGAGCGGGAGGCAGGGGCGGUAUACUGCUUGGAACAGCAGGCGAUGGCACAGCCAGGAGGCCUGAGGGCAAACCGAGAGAAGCCACAUUUGGGAUCGCCACCGAGAUCGGGGGCACUGCUAUCGAAGACACUGCUAAGGAAGGUAUUGCUAGGGAGGGCACUGCCAGCGAUGGUAUUGCUAGAGAAGGAACACCUAGCGAGGGCACUGCCAAGGAAGGUAUUGCUAGGGAGGGCACUGCCAGCGACGGUAUUGCUAGAGAAGGAACACCUAUCGAAGGCACUGCUACCGAAGGCACUCCUAUUGAAAGUGCUGCUAGCGAGGGUACUCCUAUCGAAGGUAUUGCUAUUGAGGGCAGUACUAGCGAAGGUAUCGCCAGCGAAGGCACUGCUAGCGACGGUAUUACUAGCGGAGGCACUACCAGAGACGGUACCGCUAGCGAAGGUACUGCUAGAGAUGGUAUUGCUACCGAAGGCACUCCUAGCGAAGGUACUGCUACCGAAGGCACUGCCAGCGAAGGUAUCGCCAGCGAAGGCACUGCUAGGGAAGGUAUUACUAGCGGAGGCACUACCAGAGACGGUAUCGCUAGCGAAGGUGCUGCUACCGAAAUCGACGGCAAGCCGAUGUUGAUCGAAGGUAUUGCGACAGCAGGUAAUGAGGCUGCAAUUGAAGGUAAUGCGACCGAAGGUAUUGCUAUGCCUGGAAGACCCAGUGAAACGCCCACCGACACGGCGGGUACCGCAAGGAUGCUGCCUACGCCUCCUAGUAAACCUGGUAAUAGGCCACCGAGCGGAUUCUGUGGAUUUUGUACACUGCUCGGUGCCGGUUGGGGAGCCCCAGAGAUCGAAACAGCUGGAAUUGAGACAACUGGAAUCGAAAUGCCAGGGAUCGAGACGCUGGGAAUUGAUGCACCAGCGAUCGAGACGCCAGGAACAGACACGCCAGGAAAUGCAACGCUCGGAAUGGGAGAAAUUAAUCCGGGAACAGAAACGGCAGGAUUCGAAACAAUGGGAAUCGACACACCAGGUAUCGAAACAGCGGGUAUCGAGACAGCAGGUAUCGAAACAGCAGGUACCGAAACAGCAGGUACCGAAACAGCAGGUACCGAAACAGCAGGUACCGAAACAGCAGGUACCGAAACCGCAGGGACCGAAAGAACGGGUAUUGAAAGACCGAUGACUGGAGCGCUUGGUACCACAGCAGUGGGUAUCGAAAGUCCAGGAACCGAAAGAGCAGGCAGCAAAACGCUAGGGACAGCAACGCUAGGUAUCGCUGGAGUAGGUAUCGAAAUUGCGGGAAGUCCAACUGACAGACCCAACGAUACUGCAGGAACCCCGAGCAAACCCCCCAAUCCUCCAGCCACGUUUGAAACCAAGCCCCCGAGAGCAUUGCCUACAGGGGAGUUCGAGGAUUGGACAGGAGCAGCCGAGGAUGGGGCAGGAGCAGCCGUGGAAGGUGUCGGGGCCGCAAGCAGGCCGCCCAAUCCUCCGAGUAGGUUUGGAACCAAGCCGCCAAGCGGGUUCUGA